UGUGAAGACAUAUUCCGGAGAGAAGAAAUCCGUCGGACCUGCAGCAUUUCAGACGCGAGUAUCAGUGUCGCGCGCUGCUUAUCACUGCUGCGUUUCGGUGUCGCGCGCUGUAAAAUAUUUUUUCAUCGAAGAUGUCAGGAGGCAAGAAGUGUUCCUUUAAUGCGGACUGGGCGAACCCAAGUGUCUCCGACUAUGCAAGUUGGAUUAGGCCUGUGGAAAAUGAUCCGCACAAAGCCAUGUGUACAGUUUGCCAAAAAAUGUUUUUGCUGAGCAACAAGGGUCACAGAGCUGUUUCAAGUCAUGCCUCUAGCAAGAAGCACAUUGCUGCAUUGAAUUUUCUCAAAAGUGCUUCCCAGCCAAAGCUAUUGUCAUUUUUUAAGAGCCCGACGUACGCCUCGCCUAGCAGUAGCGCUGGAUCUGCGCCUGCUGCUACCGAAGUUGCAGUGAACAGCUCCUGUGCAAGUGUCAGUGGGUGGUUUUUGUUUAAGAACAACGUGACUAAAGCAGAAAUAAUUUGGUGUCUCAAUACCAUAAUGACACAUGGAUCCUUUCAUUCUGCGGCAGCAUCUGCAGCACUUUUUCCACUGAUGUUUCCCACUUCUGAGAUGGCUGCAAAAGUUCAGCUGGGUAAAGAAAAGGUAGGCUACACCAUUUGCGAUGGCAUUGCGCCGUACUUUCGCAAUAUUUUGCUGUCCAGUCUCGUCAAUGUGCCUUACCUCGUGGUCUGUUUCGACGAGGCGCUGAACGAGGUCACCCAGAAACAGCAAAUGGAUGUUCUCAUUAGAUACUGGGAUGCUGCUGACGACAGCGUGAAGACUCGCUACCUGACGUCUUGUUUCAUGGGUCACACGUGCACCGAAGACUUGGCGUCAGUGUUUCGUCAAGCGGUGCAGGAAAUCAAAGGAUCCAAAAUCCUGCAAGUGUCCAUGGACGGGCCAAAUGUUAAUUUUAAGUUUUUGCGGUCUCUGAAGGAAGAGCUUCGCGAGUCGGAUGAGAGGCAUAUCCUCGACAUAGGAAGCUGUGGCUUCCAUGUAAUCAAUGGUGCUUAUAAAGCUGGCCACGCUGCAUCUGGCUGGGAUUUGGUAUCAUUUCUUCGAAGCGCCUACAACCUGUUCAAAUGCAUUCCUGCACGUCGCGCUGACUUCGUCAGCCUCACGGGGUGCUCGAAAUUCCCCAUGAAGUUCUGUGCAAAAGUGGUGGAGAGAUUGCCGCUUAAGUACAAGUUCGCCGUGGGUGCAGGCUGUUUGGACCCUGUCUGUGCAUUGUCUUUGGAGGCUGGUCCCAGGCGGCUUACGCUGGCACUUGAAGUACUUUCCGAGCACCACUGGAUGACCGGCUUGCAAGCACAGCGAGCCCAUCGCUCCUACGUGAAGGCGAACGACAUCAGCAACGAAGAGAAGAAACGGGCCCUCCUCCUCAUGCUAUACGGCGGGGACACCUUCGAGACUGCGUGUGCGCUGGUCGCCCGAAAAACCCCUGGAGAGGUCAGCUUCAGCGAACUGGUCACACUUCUCCAGCGGCAUUUCAAUCCAAGACCAUCAGAACUUUACGGCCAGUACGUCUUCCAGCGACGAGACCAAAGCCCCGGCGAAUCGAUCAGCAGCUAUGUCACAGCCUUCAAGAGUUUGACAGAGGACUGCAACAUUGGUAUGCCAGCGGCUACCAUUCGCGACAAACAUCUCCAACAGCACCUCUUUGCUGAAAAGGAGCUGACGUUCCAACGUGCUUUGGAUAUAACCCUAUCAGCGGAGAGUGCGUCAAGGCAGCAGCGGGGAAUCAAAGCGGCAACAAACUCCGGAGAGGUCAACAAGGCCGCUCCAAACAAGCAAGAAUACGAGAAGCCGCCUUCCUGA